AUGUUCAAUGCCGAAACGCACUUUCUAUCUAAGCAAAAAUCGAAAAAAGAUGAGACAAUCGGAGAAUCUCUUCACAUAUGGCUGGGAAACACACCAUACCUACAUAAAAGUAGAUGCCCUACACCUAAAGAGCCAAAAUUUCCAUAUGAUCACAUAACAGAUGAGUCGGCAGAAGAGCUGCACCAGCUUUUUACAGAGUAUAUUAAACAGUUAAAGACAGAAAAUAAGAGCGUGGCAAUAAUAAGCGUCCUCUACAAAAUGGAGCUGAUUGGUGUGCACAUAUCGCCAAUAAAGCACAAACAAAACAUACUAGAUGCAAGUUCGCUUAAAAGGGGCGUAUUAGUAAAUGAAACAAAGAAUACCCUGGCAAUUGCGUAUGGCGGCAGUGUAAAGGUGUUUCCAAAGGCAAUGUACAACUUUAUUAUUUAUGUAGAUGGGGCAAAGUAUUUUAUGAUUGGGAUGGGGCUUAAAUCUGAAAGAAGAUAUUCCAAAUAAGAAUGUGCUAUUCUUUUAGCUAUUUCAUCUAUACAUAGAAUGCACAUAUGCAAAAUGAAGAGUCGCUAGCUAUUUGUAUGUUACACAACACGAAAUAUUAUUUAUGUGAUAGAUGUCCUAGUUCGAAGCACAACUACUAUAACGGUAUAUAAAAUACAGUUCUAAACAAUAAUAAGAAUGCAUAGAAAGAUAACCCGAAUAAAUAAUAUACCUGUAUGAUCUAAAAAUACUUGAAUGCUUGAAUAACCAUUGAAAUAGCCUAUUCCAAUCUAAAUUUAAAAUAAAUAAACAUAACCCAAG